AUGCACUCAGUAGUAACCAUUCGGCAUAGCGUGUUUGGUCAUUCGUCGAGUACCGUUGGUGACUUGCUUGGAAUGACAAGUCGGCGAUUUCCGUGUUUAGCGAGACAAACGUUCAGCGAGACAAACGUUCAGCGAGACAAACGUUCAUCGAGACCCUUGCUCAGCAAGAGUCGGCCCGGCCGGCAUGUACGACUCUCGUAUGCUCCCAGCAACAAGUUUAUCCCACCUUUCAUAGGCUUUUCCAUGGCUUCCAACCGUUCCCGUGGCGUCUUCGCUGGUUUCAUAUUUGGAUUCAUUUUGGUUCCCGGUAGUGUCGCAUUACACGCCUGGAAUGAAUACCGAACCAUCCACCGGACUCGAGGGCUGCAGGAAGCGGAACGGGAUGUCGUAACCGUCGAUACCGAGUUGGUUGCCGGUGAAAUGGAUGGCAAACUCGUCCAUUUGUCUGGGCAGGCUCACACCGAUGAAGUGCUGCGUGAUGAAGAGUUCGGCAUCCGUGAAAAUGCGAUUCACUUAAAACGCAGCGUCGAGAUGUUUCAGUGGACCGAAUCCAAGCGUGAACGCGACGGGGACACACGCUACGACUACGAUCUAGAGUGGCGAGCAGAUCGAGUGAACAGUGAGUCGUUCCAUCAUCCUAACGGACAUCGAAAUCCUCAGCCCAAGUAUUCGUCGCAAACGGCAUCGGCAGACCGAGUCGAUCUCGGUGCCUACCAAUUAAAUGAUACGCUUCGAGAUCAAAUGAAACGAUGGCAACCUGUCGAAUUCAAUCUCGACGGAAUCCACGAAACCGUAGGCGAGGAGCAGGCACAGCACUUUGUCGAGCAUGAGGGCUACCUGCACUGGAGCGCCGGCGAACCUCGUCCAAACGAUCCGCAACUGGGCGACCUACGCCUGACAUUUCAACGGGUUGCACCCGGAGACGUGUCGUUGAUGGCGUCGCUCAAAGGCACCUCGUUUGAAACCUACCGAACGAGCAACGGAGAAAAGAUCGAGCGAUUGUAUGACGGCAAUCUUGACGGCGGACGAGCUUGUCGGAAAACUGAAGACGGAGAAUACGAUUAUUGCCUGGGGAAUCCGUCGCGAGCCCUGUUUAGCUGGAUCCCUCUGGUUGGUGACAUCACGGGCGGACUCAUCUUUGUGGUUGCCGCGUUGAUUGGUCUAAGUAUUUCUCUUGCGACGAUCGCCAUAUCAUGGAUUGCCGUUCGUCCGAUCCUCGGCAUUGCAUUACUCGCCAUUACCGCAGUAGCGAUCUACAUGCUCUUUAAGGUUCGGAAAUCCGUGCAGACGGAGCCAGCCGUGAUCGACUCGAGCAUGUUUGUGAACUGA